CGUUCCAACAGUAACAUGUGAAAUCAAUGAAACUUCAUACAUGGUUUCUCAUGUGAUCGCAAAUCCUCUGCCGAACUUCACCUGGUGGAGAUCCAAUGAGGGCCAGCUGGAGCCUAUCAGGGCAUCAACUGUACACACUGUGUCCAGCACAGACCUACGAACAACACUCAAGAUCACUGUUACACAUGCCAGUGACUACGGGAAGUAAUCUGUAAGGGUGAAAAAUUCAGUUGGAGAGAGCACCAUAAUCUACUCACUGUUGCCGAUUUCAGCCCCGCUUGCCCCAGACGAGUUCAGAUUCAAUGAAAUUGGGUACACAAACGUGAUUCUUCAAUGGAAUUCCAACUACAAUGGAGGUUCUCUACAAACAUUCCAGAGCUGCUGAAGGUGACAGCAACUGGGCUAUAUGGAGGACAGGGAUACCAGAUCCAGGAAUACACAGGGCUGUGUUAAGCAACGUUACGGGAUUGAAAUCAAAGACAAAUUAUCAGUUUCGAGUUUAUGCAAGAAAUAUUUCUGGCACCAGUGAAAAAGUUACCAGGACAGCAACAACUGAUGGUGAAUUUCUAGCUGAUGGACCGCUAACAGAAGACCGAUUUGAAAAAGGAAUCGGGAUAGGAAUUAGUAUAGCUCUUCCCAUAGUGAUACUACUUUCCAUUCUUCUUGUAAUUAUGUCUCGGCGAAAUCGAGGCAAAGGAGAAAAAGUGCCUGGUACACAAACCGAGCACACACAGUCAAUUCCAUAUGAGGCCACUGAACCAAGGACCUACUCAUCUCUCAAUCAGCAAAUAUCUGAGAACAACGAAUAUGAAAGAAUUCAACUGGAAACAUGUGGCAGAGCAUUUACCACUGAAAGUGAACAUCCAUAUCGGAACAUGACAGUACCAUACCAAAAGUGACCUAGGACAUGAUUGACAGUGUCAAAUUUGUUUGAACUUGGAACCCAAGAUAUACUGCACAAA